UGCGUGUGUGAGGGAAAGCUGCCAGGUGAAGCAGGUUCUGCUCCGAUUGUUCAGCUUCAGCCUUGUGACUGUGAGGAGCUGCGAGUCUCAGAGAGAAACCAUGGCUGUCAGUAGGUGCGUCAAGUAUCUGGUGUUCCUCUUCAACCUCCUCUUCUGGAUAUGCGGCUGCGUCAUCCUUGGAGUUGGGAUCUACCUGAAAGUCAGCAAAGAUGGAAACGCGAUCACAGAUCAAUAUCUUCCUAGCUUUGAGCUGAUGAUCUCCAUCGGGGUGAUCAUCAUGGUGAUCGGCUUCCUGGGCUGCUGUGGAGCCUACAGGGAGAACCGCUGCAUGCUGAUGAUGUUUUUCAUCCUCCUCCUCCUCAUCUUCAUCCUGCUGUUGGCCGCAGGCAUCCUGGCAGCCGUCCAGCAGAACAAGGUGAAGGACUGGGUGGAGGGAAAGCUGAAAGAAAUAACACCAAUUGACAGCCAGCCACAAAACGUGAGGGAAGACAUGGAGAAACUGCAGCGUGAGUUGAAGUGUUGCGGACUCACAAAGGGACCUUCAGACUGGACAAAGCUGCCAGACUCCUGCCGCUGCAACUCCACUGCUGUGGACAAAUGCCCCAGUAAAAUCUAUCAGGAGCCCUGCGUGACCAAAAUCAUCGAUUACAUGAAGAGCAACAUGGAGCUUUCAUUAGGAAUAGCCUUCGCUAUCGCCGUCAUUCUGAUCUUCGGCAUGGCCUUCUCCAUGACUCUCUUCUGUCAGAUCAGGAAGGCCGGCAUGACCGCACAGUGAAUCUCCUCCGAUCAGCCGCUUCCUUCCACAAACCCUGCAUAACCUAGCCAACAUCAGAGCCAGUGCACCUCGUCCUGAGCUUUUAUUGUGAAGGAGCAGGCUAAUGUAUCGGCCAGUACACCUAUAGGGAAGACUUUCCAGGAGCAGGAGAGGCUAAUAGUGGUUCAGUUUGUUAUAUUAACUUCUUGGUGAAACUUAAGCUCUUAUGUGAAAUUAUCUUGAUGUUAACCAGUGAAGAACUUGUUGGAGUUUAAUUUUAUGUGAAUAGCUGCCUGUAAAGCUUUUAUUGCAGCGAUGCUGCCUCAGACAUGAAAGUUAAGUUUAAACCUAUUUUAGUGAGAAUUAUAGUUUGGCAUCUAUAUUUAAAAAUUAUAUUUACGUGAAUUUACUUUAAACCUCAAUCUUCAUGACUUAAAAGAAAAACACCAAGCCAAGGCCAAGAAAAUGGAUUGAUUUCAAAUAUCCCAGUUUUUGUUAUUUUCUUAAAUGAAAUUCAUUUAAAAAUUUCAAUCCCAACCUUUUUUUUACUUUAAGGCAAAUACAAAUGUUUGGCUUUUAAAGGCGUAGGCGGCAGCAGGUUUCCAUAGUUUGUCAUUGUGUUUUCCAUUUAAACUGUUGUUUCUCAGGAAGUUGUACAUUUAAACAUCCAUUUACGUUUAGACCUUUUUUAUAAUCAGACAUAACCGAGUAUUAAGCCUUUACUUUUGCUCUGUUUAUUAUGGUUGUAACAAAGAUUUAUUUCUUUAGUUUUACUGGCAGAUUUUUGUUUUUAAUCAAUCUAAACCUGUUGAACUUGAAAUAUCUUUGUUUUUCAUUCAAGAGAAAUAAAAUUGCAUACAUAUACAGCCAGGCUGGGCAAGUUUUUAUUUUUAAAAGUCGCAGAGCUGUAAUGCAUAAAUAAAAGCAAAUUGUCUCAAA